CGACGAUUGUCAUGCGAAUAUGAAUGCCGGACAGCGAACGACGAGGCGGCUGGCUUCAAAAGCGGGUUCAUCAAUAUGCCGCUCAUGCAGGGAGACCAUCUCCCACAACACCUAUUCCACAGCUGCAACAGCAGCUCAAACAGAAGAUCAAAACGCACAUAAAGUCCAACACAUUCCUCCUGUAGCAUCGACUUCUCCAUCGACUUCCUACGCCGUGAACGCUGGUGUCGUGCUUUCCCGUCCACCGCUAAUAACCCGUGAUCUUCACCCUUUCGAAAGCGCUUUCUUUCUCUACCAACGCCGUCUCAAUGAGCGACUUGCUCUGCCAUUUACCCGGUACUUUUACUUCAAAAAGAAAACACCUGCGGAUAUAGAAUGGAAGCGGAAAAUCAAGCAGCGAUUGACACCUGCGCGAGACAUCGGACGAUACAAAGGCUAUGGAGAUGAGGCGUGGAAUGACGAGCUCCUCGUUGGUGCACAAGAAAGCGAUGUUCAAUACCAAGUCGAGAGAUUGUUGGAAGAUGCGGAACAGCCCGCAACCGAGGGCGAGGGCGAGGGCGGGAACGGCAACAGCCCUGCAAGCAAUGCUGAAACUAGCACUAAGAGCAUCACGGACGGAAGCGCGCAGAAGGUCGACCAUGAGCUAGUUGCGAAGCCAAUGCCGAGGAUCACGGAGGCGGACCGGAAGGGUGAUGUCAAGAGUUUGGACAGGCUACUGCAGAGGACGUUGUAUUUGCUGGUGAAGAAUAGGGAAGGGCAGUGGAUGUUUCCGCAGGAUAGGCUCGUUGGGAAAGAGAGCCUGCAUAUGGCAGCAGAGCGCAUCCUCAUCCAAUCCGGUGGCAUAAACAUGAACACCUGGGUCGUCGGCAACAUCCCCAUUGGCCACCAUCAACAUGACAUCCAGGCUGAUCUUCUGAAGUCCUCGAAGAACCCCAACGAGCUCGGCUUCAAGACCUUCUUCAUGAAGGCUCGCAUCAUGGCCGGGCAGGCCAACCUCCUAGAGAACAAACUGGGUCUUGCAGAUUUCAAAUGGCUCGCCAAGGAAGAGUUGGAAAAAGAGGUUGAAAAGAAAUACUGGCAGUCCGUCAAAAAUAUGUUGGCUGAGCGGUAGAUGAUUGAUCCACAAGGGGCUAUCGAAUAGUUAG